AUGGUCGUUCCUGAACGACAGCCGCGGGAUCCGCCGACGCCGUACCGGGAUGACGACGACGACGUGCCCCUGAUGUCGGUCUCGCUGUCGACGCCACAGCAGAGUGGCCAGAGCGCGCAGCAGCCCUGGAGCGUAGGCGUAGCCGUGCCCGACGAGAAGACGACGAAUCGGCCGAGGCGACGCUGCUGCAGUGCGCGCAACUGUCUGCUGCUCUUCGUUGGGGUGCUGUUCGGCUUCAUCUUUGCAAAGGCAACAACGGAAUCCAAGGCUCGACUGCCCAAGGCGCUCGUGCAGCAUCUGCCGUCGCUCUCGACGCUCAAGGAGCAUCUGCGCAUCCCGCACUUCCCGUCGUCCUCACCGAAUGCGGACAGGGUGGUCGUGACGAUGCGGACGGGCUCAUCGGUGCUCAACAGCCGCCUGCCGCCGCACCUCGACGCCUUUUCCAGCCGGCGGCCGCCCAGAACGGUGCCGCCGCAGCUCGUCAUCUACUCGGACUGGGAGGUGCAGCUCGACGAUGGGUGGCACGUCCGCAACGCCCUCGCCAAUGUCAGCGACACGAUCAGGAGGCAAGAGGAUUUCCAGGCGUACGCCGAGUUGAGGCGCGUCAUUGAGGAGAACGGAAGGGUCGAAGAGUUCCGGGACGGCCACAAGCUGGACAAGUACAAGUUCAUGCCACUGUGGAACGACGCCUUCCGUAGCUUUCCGGAUGCCGACUGGUACAUCGGCACGGAGGACGACAGUUUCAUCUUCUACAAGCCGCUGCUCAAGCUCCUCUCGACGCUCGACCCGACCGCCCAGCACUUCCUGGGCUGUACAAACUACCUGGUCCCGUCCAACGAGCUCUUCGCCAACGGCGGGUGCUCGUACGUCUUUUCGCGCGCCCUCCUCGCGGCGACGUUCGGCUCCUCCCCCGCGUUUGUCGAUAGCGCCGACGGGCGCAUCGAGAACAGCUGCUGCGGCGAUGGCGAGCUGGGCGUGUCGAUCUUCCACCACGCUUCCGUCUCGCUCAAGUCGCUCAGCAAGGAGAGCAGGCAGAGGUUUACGGGAGCCGCGCCGUGGAAGCACUGGUACGACGAGGCGAACUGGUGCGAGCCCAUCGUCAGUCUGCAUCAUCUCGAUGCUUGGAGUACCCGGAAACUGUACCGGUUUGCGCCGGAAAACGACACAGUCCGAUUCGUCGACAUCCACGACAUCUUCCAACCUUCCUUCCUCUCGACAAACAAGAGCAGCACGGGGUCGAAGACGGCGCGCAGGACGUCGUGGGUGGCGCUCGACGGUGAAAUCUCACCGCGCGUCCUCUUCCCCCUCUCGAACCUCACCACCACCACCACCACCAGCGGCGGCGGGGGUGGGAGCGGGGCGGCGCGAACUCCGUCGCGAUGGACAUCCGACCUCUGCUCCGGAGCGUGUCAAGACGACACGUCGUGCUUCGUAUGGACCCUCUUUCCGCCUGGCUCCGCCUCGGCAUCCAACAAGUCGACGGGAGACUGCUACCUCCUCCGCAACGCCACCGCCUUCGGGUACAGGACCGACGAGAGGGGACAGCAAAAGGGCCAUUCGUACGAACCCGUCGAGAGCGGUUGGAUGCUCGCGCGCUUCCAGGAGUGGAGAGCGAAGUUCUGGUGCAGCGCUGGCAGGUACACGCCCAUCGGCCAGGAGGAGCUCUAUGUCUGA